AUGCGAGAUUAUGAGCCAAGAAUUGAGAAAUACACAGGUUUGUUGAUGAAUCAACUGCAACAGAGGUGCGGUAAGCCGGUCGAUAUCACGGACUGGUGCGGCUUUUAUGGUUUCGACGUUAUGGGCGACCUCGCAUUUGGCAAGAGCUUCAAUAUGCUGAAUGAUGGUGUCAAGCAUUACUACAUGGAGCUGACACAGAUGUCUACUCUAUGGGGCAGCCCGAUUGGUCGCGCCUCUUGGCUGUAUCUGCUUGUAAAGGAUAUACCUAUCCUGAAUCGCCAGAUUGUACAAUUCCUAAAAUGGCUACGAAAACAUGUAGAUCAGAGGACCAAGAAUGAGCCGCACCUCCCAGAUUUGUUCUCUUGGCUCCUUGGUGCCUACAAAGAACAAUCAGUCCAUACGAAGCAAGACGAUCUCAACCUCUUAGGUGAUGCUCACCUAAUCGUGGUUGCAGGAAGCGACACUACUUCCACGACCAUGACAUGUGCCCUGUUUGAGCUGGCCCGCCAUCCCCAGGUCUACCAGAAGUUACAGAACGAAGUUGACGAGUUCAUGAAGCAAGGGGAUUCGCCUCAUAGUCACAGUGCUCUUGCCAAACUCAAAUACCUUCAAGCUAUCAUCGAUGAGACUAUGCGGCUGUACCCAGCUAUUCCAUCAGGUCUGCAGAGAAUCACACCCCCGCAGGGUCUGCAAAUCGACGGAACAUUUAUCCCAGGAAACACGAUUAUUCAGACACCUACAUAUACACUGAACCGGGACGAACGAUGCUUUGUGCGCCCCAACGACUUCAUUCCCGAGCGGUGGACAACACAACCCGAUCUUGUCCGGGAUGCUUCAGCAUUUGCCCCUUUCUCAAUUGGCCGUUACUCCUGUGCUGGGAAGCAGCUUGGGCUUCUUGAGGUUCGGCAUGUUCUAACUCAAAUUGCUUCCAAGUUUAAUAUCCGCCUUGCACCCAACCAAACAGUUGAGGGGUUCCAAGAAGGGCUAGCAGAUGGGUUCACACUUCUCUGCCCCAAGUUGGAAAUGGUUUUUGAAGCACGGGUCAGUUGA